GUUUAGUGUUUCCUCAUAUGGCAGUGAGCUGAAGAAAGUGUUGUGCUUUCACACAGAGAUUGAGAAGGAGGAUUUAAAAGCUGGAGACUUUUUAGCCAGAGGCGAGCAAUGGCGGAGUUACGUCACUCCUCGAGCUCUCUCGGUAGCCACCGAUCUUCUUCCUCUCCGUUACGUGCCGAAGAUCGAGACCGUCCGAUCUGGUGGAUUCCUUUACUCGGCGACGAUCUCAUUAGAACUUCUCCUCAGAAGAGUAAAGUAUCGAUUUUUCUGAUUCUUUUCCUCGCUGUCGCAAGCUUGAUCUCCGUUUACGCCAUUGUUAAUCACUUAAAUGUGCCUUACUUGUGUAAGAAAGAUGGGAUUGUACUUAACUGUCCUCAUGUUAAGGAGUCAGGUUCUCGUUGGGAGAAUCCUUUGUCUGCAACUACUUCUUGGAAGCCUUGUGCUGAGCGGCGCAUUGGUGGAGUCUCAGAUGUUCUUCCUGAGAAUGAAACUAAUGGAUAUGUUUUCAUUCAUGCUGAAGGUGGUUUGAAUCAGCAGCGCAUUGCUAUCUGUAAUGCAGUAGCUGUUGCCAAGAUUAUGAAUGCAACUCUUAUUCUACCAGUACUGAAGCAGGACCAAAUUUGGAAAGACCAAACGAAAUUUGAAGACAUUUUUGAUGUAGAUCAUUUCAUUGAUUACUUGAAAGAUGAUGUCCGAAUUGUUAAAGAUAUACCUGACUGGUUCACUGACAAAGCAGAGUUAUUCUCUAGUAUAAGAAGAACAGUCAAAAACAUUCCCAAAUAUGCAGCAGCACAGUUCUAUAUAGACAAUGUUUUGCCAAGGAUAAAGGAGAAGAAAGUAAUGGCAUUGAAGCCUUUUGUUGAUCGACUUGGGUAUGACAAUGUACCUCAAGAAAUCAACAGAUUAAGAUGCCGUGUAAAUUAUCAUGCCCUCAAGUUUCUCCCAGAGAUAGAGCAAAUGGCUGAUUCAAUUGCUUCUAGAAUGAGAAACCGCACUGGAAAUCCAAAUCCUUAUAUGGCUCUUCAUCUUAGAUUCGAGAAAGGAAUGGUUGGUCUGUCGUUUUGUGAUUUUGUGGGAACAAGGGAAGAGAAAGCUAGAAUGGCGGAAUACAGACAAAAGGAAUGGCCUCGGCGCUUCAAGAAUGGUUCUCAUCUUUGGCAGCUUGCCUUGCAGAAACGCAAAGAAGGGAGAUGCCCUCUUGAGCCAGGAGAAGUUGCUGUAAUCCUACGUGCUAUGGGGUAUCCUAAAGAAACACAAAUCUAUGUAGCUUCUGGUCAAGUCUAUGGAGGCCAAAACCGUAUGGCUCCACUAAGAAACAUGUUCCCAAAUUUGGUAACAAAGGAGGAUUUAGCAGGGAAAGAGGAACUAGCAAGCUUUAGAAAGCACGUGACAAGCUUAGCUGCUCUAGACUUCUUGGUGUGUUUGAAGUCAGAUGUGUUUGUGAUGACACACGGUGGAAACUUUGCAAAACUGAUCAUUGGAGCAAGGAGAUACAUGGGUCAUCGCCAGAAAUCAAUCAAACCUGAUAAGGGUUUGAUGUCGAAAUCAUUUGGGGAUCCUUACAUGGGAUGGGCAACAUUUGUGGAGGAUGUAGUUGUAACUCAUCAAACAAGGACUGGUUUGCCUGAAGAAACUUUCCCUAACUAUGAUCUUUGGGAAAACCCUCUCACUCCAUGUAUGUGUAAAGUUUAACGAUGCUUUUUUGGUUAGCAUUGUGAGCUGAGAGAUGAGUUUUGGUCUGGAUCUUGUCUUUGUAGCAACUUACUAUAGAGGUUUGGUAGUUUAUGCUCUUUCCUUAUUUUCUAUAUUCUGUAUUAAGUCUUUCUCACAAUAUUAUAAUUUCUGUCGGGAUUCUUAUUCAUGGGUUUCAUCUCCCCCUAACUAAAAUGUGACUUUAUAUUUAA